GUUGCGAUUGCUGGAACGGUAGUUGGAGGAGAUAGAACGGAUAUUUCUCAUAUUGUAUGGAUAUUUACUUCCUUAUUGAACCGCCUAGGCACUUACCAAGAAUUUUCAGAGUAUGGCAAUGUCACUUGGACAUAGUUGUAAAGAAAGUGGAAGUGACGAAGCGUGGGAUAAUGCAGAGGAUACUGAGGUCUGCUCAUAUUGUGCUACCGAUGGAAAGCUCCAGCCAGCAUCGUACUUCUGUUAUAAUUGUGGCGUGUUUGGAAGAUACAUAUGCGACAGAUGUUUAACUCAUCAUAACCGGACUGUGAAGAGUCAUAAAGUAAAAUUGAUGAGCAAUCAGCCGAUGUCCCGAGGACAAACGUUGGAGACAGAACUUGAAAAAGAGCAAAAGAAGGUAGAACAACUACGCCACAAACUUGAUGACAGAAUGAAAACAAUCCAAGACCUUGAAAAAGAUUUAAAAGUAAGAGAUGAAAGAAACAAUGAUUUAGACGAUGAAUCAAAAGAUCUAGCAAAAAGUCUUGGACAGGAAAAGAAGACAAGAACAGCUGUUGAAAAUGAACUAAAGUCUGCUACGGACAUGGUUCAGAGGCUUGAGAAACAUGUCAAUGAUGAUUUUGUUAAGUGUCAGGAACAUCAAAAAAGAAUAGCAGAAUUAGAAGCUGCAAAUAAAAAACUUGAAGCUGCAUAUAAAAAUCUUGAUAAACACAAAUAUCAUAUAGAACAACAGGCAAACAAGAAUAUGGAACACAUGCAAAAUGUUCUUAAAGAGGAGAAAAGGAAAUCAGAUGACCAGUACAAAAAGCUCUUAGCAGAACGAGAUAAUUUACGAGACAGGUUUAGUAAGCUAGCAGGUAAGAAAUAUCCGGAGCAGAUUGCUGAUAUACUAGACCUAAGUGAUCCUUACAGAGCAAUGAAGCUGUCAGAGAGGUUUGGCCAGUUAUAUGAUGAUGAAUGGACUAAUGCCUUUGAAGAUUUGACGGACAAAAAACUUGGUUUACCACUAAAAACGGCAAUACAUAUUCUACUGGACCUUCUCCGAGAAUGCUAUACGUUUUGCAACAAUCUGAUGACGACACAAAUGGACAGUUUACAAAGUGCGUUUCUACAUCCUGCUCAAAAUCGGGCUAAUUUUGACCAAAAGAAAUAUGUUGGUGGACUGGCUGACAAAACUAAAAUUACAUCACAGGAUCAGCAAUCACUUAUAGAGCUACGUAAAAGGGUUGGAGUAUCACCAACUGUCAUAGAGGAGGUUAAACAGGCAUUGCUUGUAGACCUUCAAACAUGGGAUAAAAGGCAGAAAAAAGAAUUUGAUAAAAAGCAUAUAGAAGCGUGUACACCUUAUAUACAGAAAUGUGCUGAGAUUAGCUGGCUUAUGGCUCUGCAUGACCCUCCUUUGUGGAUGAAAAUGGAUGUCAAACCAGGCGAGAAGUUUGAUACAAAUAUCUUUACAGUGUACAGUCAAUCUGGCCAAACAAUAGAUUUUUUGGUAUUUCCACCGCUUUAUAAUGGUAUUGAUGGUGGACUUCUGUCUAAAGGUGUAGCCGAACCAUUGAGAGUUUUGGGCAAGAAGAAAUGAAUAUUUUGUAGUUAUGGACUAUGUUUGUCCGGAACUAGAUAAGGGAUACUAUACAUUUUUAAAUAUUAUAUAUCAUAUUAUAAUUUUUUUUUUGCAUUUACUAUUGCAGAAAUUGUUCACUGAUUGUGUUUUCUAUUUAAAACCGGGAAAUGUAUUCUCGUGUAUAAUUGAUGAGAACAAGAUAUCACAAAACAUUUUUAUUAUUGUAUAUAUAAAAUAAAAUGUAUAUAUUUUAGCUGUCAUCAUGUAAUAUAUAUUGUUUGCUUUAUGAUUUACAUACAAAGAUAAAGAUAACAAAAUUACUUUUUAAUGAUUUUGUAUCAAAGUAAUACAAGAGGUUGAAUCUUCUAUCAGCUUCAAACAGAAACUGCUACAAGACCUAGGGUAAUCCUCAAUCGCAAUCAUCGGUUUUUACUAGAUUGUAUGAUUGCACUGUAAUCAUCGUUUAAUUGAUUACCUAAACAUUAGUGUUUAAGUGGCAUACAAAUUAGUGAUGGACAUUACUUUAUGAAGUAAUGUUUAUUGACUGCGUAACGUUGAAUCAUAAGUUUUACGUUAAAUAUUAUGACGUUGAAGUCAAUAACUUUUUGGAGUGCGCAGCUGUCACCGACAUAUGUUUUUGUAAAUUAAAUAUUGUUGUUAUAUAAGACGCUACUAGCAUGAAUUUUUCUGUGUUUAUUUGUUGUUAAGUCUUGUAAGUAGAAUAAGAAUUUCAAAUCAAUAUCUAAAAUAUAUUUUACGCAACAAAGAAAGUCCACGAAUUUUGGAUGACCCCUCGUAAUAUAUGUUUCAAGUCACAAUUAUGUACAUGUACAUUGUAUAACCAUUUCUUCAAAGUUUUUGUCAUAAUAAAAACAUAUUCUUUUAAUUGGAACAUGAUUGUGUACAGUAUUAAAUUUAGAAAUGUAUUUUGCAUCACUGUUUGAUAUAUGAAUACAUCAACAUAACAUACUAAGUGUUAUUCAAUGAGAAAAUUUAUAAACUAUACUGUAGAUUUAGUAUGAAAAUAAAUUGCAUAUUAAGUGUAAUAUCUAUUUUAGUUGAUUCGUCUGCAAAGAGCACAUUUUCCAGAAGUAUUUCAAAUAUUGAUAAAACAAAAGAGAUGUAUAAUUUGGUUAAUGUUAUGUAAUAUUUCUAAAAAACAAAAUGUUGAUAAGAAUUCUAAAGUGAUUUAGUAAGAAAAUGUAUAUGAUGAAUAAUAAUAGUUUGGUCAAGAACACUUUAUUAUCUGCUAUUAAUUAAAAUGUCACAUUGGAUCAUGUAUCUAACACUUAACAACGGCAUCCAUAUUUAAUUCUAUCAUGAUGGUUUGUUUUAACGUAUAAUAUCACGUAUAAUAUUAAAUACUAACAACAAAAUUACUUAUGGUAUUACGGACCAAUUCAUUUUAAAGUAAUGGAUCAACCUUGUGGUUUAUUUAAUUCCUUUUAGUUUAUACGAAUUUGUUUUAAUUUGAUUGUGUUAUGUUAUAACACUUGAACCCGUUCCUGAAACCAACCAAUACUAAGCAAUGAAUGUUAAGUUUCUUGCUAAAGGAAAUAAGGCUUGUCUCUAACGAGGCCAGCAAUCCUUAUAUCAGAGGUCUGACGGGUAAACAGCUUAUAGUCCUGGUCACCUUCACGAUAGAAAUAUUAAUGAACACACAUUCAGAAAUACUUCUUCACAAUUAUAAUUUUUGUUAUUUGUUCAUGUAUAGAAUAGGAUUUUUGUUGUGACUUAGAAGUGAUGCUAAUAUUUGUAACACCCUUAAUAUGAAUAUGAAAUGUGUUCUUCUGCAAACAAAGUAUUUCUUCAAUUCUUUAAAUGACUUUGCCUUUUUUCUCUUGUGGAUGAUUAAACUCAUUAAAGGCGUGGCGUUAUACAAUCUUAGGUAAUGUUAUAUUUCAGAGUAAAGUCAAUUUUAUCACCUUGCCAAAUUAUAUAUUUAUGCUUGAAUAAAAAGGUGCUUAAGGUCUUGUCAAAAUGUUGAUGAAAAUAGGAAGAUUGCAGAAGCACUAUAUAGAAUCACAACUAUUUUUUUAUUUAUUGCACUUUGUAUGUAUAACUAAUGUAAAAACAAACUACAUUUCAUUUUUUUUAUUUUUCAAUGUCAUUUGAGGUAGCAUUCUUUUGGCGACAAACAGUUUGGUUUUUGGAGUUUGAAUAUGUAUUUGUAUAAUAAAAUGA